UCAGAAAUCUAUAUAUAACGAGAUAGUACGCGCCUGAAUCCCAUAGUCGAUAAAAAUGAUUUCAGUAGCAACAUUGUCGUUAUUUCUGCUAAUCUGUAACAUUUGCACAAUUAACGCAGAUGACUAUGAGAUCAGCAACCAAAAGUUUCCUGAUGAUUUUAUGUUCGGUACUGCAACUGCUUCCUAUCAAGUAGAAGGUGCAUGGAACGAAGAUGGAAAAACAGAAAAUAUGUGGGAUAACGUCACCCAUCGACAGCCAGAUUUCAUUGAUGAUAGAUCCAAUGGUGAUGUUGCUUGUGAUUCGUACCAUAAAUACAAAGAAGACGUAGCCAUGCUCAAAACACUAGGAGUCAAUCAUUACAGAUUCUCGCUGGCCUGGAACAGAAUUCUACCAAAUGGUAAAUUUUUUUAUUGUCAUAUUUUUCAAAUUUCAGGAAAAGUUGGUAUCACCUUGGACACGUCUGCUUUUGUACCAGCUUCUAAUAGCUCUGAAGAUAAAGUUGCUGCAGCGACGAUGUACGAUUUUGAGUUAGGUGUCUACGCCAAUCCCAUCUAUCAUGGCGAUUACCCAGAAAUCGUGAAAACGCGUGUAGAGAUUCGAAGCAAGAUGGAAGGAAGGCAAAAGUCCCGUCUUCCAGUGUUCACUGCUCAAGAGAAGGCCUACAUUAAGGGAACCCACGAUUUCUUCGGUGUCAACAUUUACACGGGAGAACUAGUAGAACCCCUUCCAGAACCACCUUCUAAUUAUCCAGUUAGCAAAUAUGCAGAUCAAAGCGUUAACAGUUUUCAACCUGACACUUGGGAAAAAACACUGCUGGGGUAUUUUAAGGUUGUACCUUGGACAGUCAGAUAUUUGUUGAGAUGGAUAAAAGAACGCUACGAUGAUCCGGAGAUCAUCAUUGCAGAAAAUGGUUACCCUGAUGCUGGUGGACUGCAAGAUGAAAAAAGGCUUUCAUAUAUAAGGGAAUAUCUGAGCCACAUCAGGGAUGCGAUGAUCGAAGAUAAAGUGAAAGUUUUUGGAUACACCGUGUGGAGUCUAAUGGAUAACUUUGAAUGGACAAGUGGAUAUACUAUAAAAUUUGGAAUUUACCAAGUCGAUUUCAACAAUCCCAAUAGGAACAGGACCCAGAAGCUUUCUGCUGAAUUUUUCCAAAAAGUUUGUAAAACACGAUGUUUGGUAGAUGUGUGCGAAAAUUAAUAAAAUGGUAAUGAAAAUGUA